GCGGGAGCGGCGGGUGCCGGGAAGGAUGCAUCAGAAGCUGCUGAAGAGCGCGCACUACAUCGAGCUGGGCGGCUAUCAGUACUGGCCGGUGCUGGUGCCCCGCGGCAUCCGCCUCUACACCUACGAGCAGAUCCCCGUGUCCCUCAAGGACAACCCGUACAUCACCGACGGCUACCGGGCCUACCUGCCCUCCAGGCUCUGCAUCAAAAGUUUGUUUAUUUUAUCUAAUGAGACAGUAAACAUCUGGAGUCAUUUGCUGGGUUUCUUUCUCUUCUUCACCCUGGGAAUAUAUGACAUGACAUCUGUAUUACCUUCGGCAAGUGCGUCCAGAGAAGAUUUUGUAAUUUGUUCUAUUUGUCUUUUCUGCUUCCAGUAUUGGCGGCAGGUGUACUUGAUCACAGUGCUUGCUAUGAUCCUCGCAGUGUUCUUUGCGCAGAUUCAUCCCAAUUACCUCACGCAGCAAUGGCAGAGGCUCCGCUCCAUCAUCUUUUGUUCUGUUUCGGGCUAUGGAGUGAUCCCUACUCUUCACUGGGUUUGGCUCAAUGGAGGAGUUGGUUCUCCUAUUGUACAGGACUUUGCAUCCCGUGUAAUUGUGAUGUAUGUGAUUGCUCUUCUUGCUUUCCUAUUCUACAUUUCCAAAGUUCCAGAACGGUACUUUCCAGGACAACUAAACUACCUCGGAUCAAGCCACCAAAUAUGGCACAUCCUUGCAGUAGUGAUGUUAUAUUGGUGGCAUCAGUCAACAGUGUAUGUCAUGCAGUACAGACAUAGCAAGCCUUGUCCUGACUAUGUCUCACGCUUGUGAGUUCAGGUAUGGCCGCCUGAUGAAUUGAGUAGCAAUAUGUAAUGGGGAGUUACAUACCCCACUAUUUCUAAGGUUCCCAUUAGUUUUUGCUUUUUCCUGUUGUUUAAUGUAUCAUGAAUACUGCUUUAUAAAAAUGGAAAAAUAUACUUGGAGAUCUGUAGUAAUAACUGCUUUACAGACCCUGAAAACUACUAAUUUGCUGCUUGUACAGAAAGUGAAGAUUAGUUGGCAAUCAUAAGAAUAUCUGAAUAGCAACAGUGAAUGUGAAACUAGCAUAGUAACAGGAUUAUUUUACUAAACACCAGCUUAAUUUUCUUAGGGAGGGCUCAUCUGCAUUGGAAAUGGAGUUACCUGUCUGAUUGCUUUAAUAGAAGGUAUUUUCAUUAAAUAAUCAAAUUUAAGUGCCUAAUCAAGGUGAACGUUAUUACAGCCUGUGCUUAGUACACGCUAAGAUAGUGGUUUUAUAAUCACAGCCUUUACACAUUUUGUGAGAAACUGGCACUUAAGAUUUUAAUUCCUUUAGCCAUAGGUUCUGCUCUCCUGACAAAUACUGGAUAUUUUAGUUUAUCAGAACAAAAGCUUUAAACUUCUGCUUUGAGAGAGGUGUUGAGAAAAGGCAAAAAAUACUCAUUGUUAUUUAUCUGAUCAUAGUCACAUUAAAAUAGAAGGACAUAACUGACAAAUUCUGUGAUUUAUUAACCAAAUCAUUAGCCACCUAAGCCUUUUAGUUCUAAAUAUUAUUUGAUUCCAUGUAAUAAUUGAGUUCUUGAGAGUGGAUUGCGUAAGAUUUUGAUGUAGAAUUCCAGAAGAGCUUUCACCUUUCUGAAUCAAUUCUGUAUUUCAUGAUGACGAGGAUUUCCAGCUAUAUGGGUGCUACUCUUAAGGCCAUGGGGUCUAGAUGGCCCUGACUUGACCCUGAAGUGAACCUUAAGCCUUAGAAAAAAUUCAUGCAAAUGCCCCAUUUGAUGGGAUUAUUCACCGAUGCUCUAGUUUUCUGUUUAUGAAUGCAUUCCCAUCACGUUGUUAACUAGAGAGUAUUCAUAAACACUAUCUAAAAUUUGGACCCAAAGCAUUAAACUUGCUCUUUAUUGUUUAUACUUUAAAAACAUUGCUGCCCUAUCGUACAGAGUAAAAUGUUCUUUGGUUUUUCAUAUGCAUAAAUUAAAUCCCAUAAAGCAGACAUGCAUAAACCUUAUGUUGUUUAUUGGAUUAUACCAAAGUUUCUUAACCAGUUGACAAGCUGUUCUGUUUGCUGUUAUAUUUUCUGAACAGUAGCAUUAACUGAACAUCAGAAGAAAUGCUGAUGGAUGUUGAAGCUUACUCCAAAAAUGCCUUUUUUGUACAUCCAGUAUUAGGAAAGUAACUUUAAUGUGCCUCAGUUUAUGCAUAUGUAAACUGUUUCUUUCUACUAUAGUGUUUUGGGAAUAUAAACUCCCCAUACUGGUAUUUCGUGGAGGCUGUUAGAAAAUAACCUCCCUAUUAGGUUAAGUAAGGGUUCACUCUGGCGUAUCCUUUGUGAUCAUGGAAUGUUACUUUGAAAAUGGCUACUGUACCUCAUAAGGCCACAAAUUUGAUUAGUAUGUUUUAGAACAUUGUGGUGUGACAGUAGGACAUAUUUUCCUAAAACACCCUUUAUUGGCUUACAUGACAUUGCUUUUAAAUAGAUGUUUUGCCAUUUUGGCCAAACAAAAUACACUAAGUACACAGUUAAUAUACCAAGUUAAAAAUGAGGGGGAAGUUCAAUUACUUCAGGUUUGGGACCAUUUUUAUUUUAAAAUCUUCUCAAAAUGAAAAGAAAAAACAGUCUUGAAUUUUGUUUCAAUUUUUAAAAUUCCUGAAUUUAAAAGGAAGGCAUACAGGUCUAACUGUAGGCAGAAUUAUCUACAUAAACAUUUCAAUGUUUUGUGAAAAUGUUAAAUACUACAAAAAAGCUAUAUUUCAUUUUUAUUGUCACAGUGAUGUAUUAUAAAGGAAUGAAUGUGGAUUGCCCUCAACUAUAAGCACUUCUGUAUGUCAGCAUUUAUCUAUCACCUACUGUGUGCACAACACUACUGGUAAAAUUUUUAAGACAUUAUUAACAUAAAAGAAUAUUUGAACUUGCCUACAAAUCUGACUUUGUAAUAAUGUAAUUUAUUUUUGUUUUUAUCAACUUAUUAAAGUAAGACUUAAAAGUAUACUAUCCAGCUACAGUACUAAAAGAGACUAGUUUUAAUUGUACCUAUGUGUAAACAAAAGGUCUUUACAGACUUUACAUUUUAAAAUUAUCUAUGGCUGUUUUAAAUCAUAGCGAUUUAUAGGGUUAUAGUUAACUCUUUAAACAAUAGUUCUUUCUAGGUAUAAAGCCAUUUUCAAAUAGCAAGAUAGUGCUUGUCUUUUUAUAACACUAAGUGCAAUUCAAUAAGCUGCAUGAUAAGAUACUAUGUAAAUAAACUGAGUUUACUAAAUAUA